CCCGAUAUAUAAUAAUAUAUUUACCUAAUGUAACAUCAUCAAAUUAUACAAAUUAUCUCGCAAGUCGCAACACUCAUUUCGGGUACCCUACUCAACAAUCAGACAGCAAGCUUGCCUCGCUCAUCCAACUCUCUUCUUUCUUCUCGCUAGCUAGGUAGAAAUGAGCCAAUUACAAGAUUCGAUGGCCCUCAAGCGGAAAAGAGGGAGCCAAGGUCCAGGGACUCAAUCUCUGGGAGAAACUGAUCGAAAUAUCCUUGCUCUUGUCCGAGGAAAAGAGGAUCUUGGUAUCUCGAUUGCAGAAUUAAGACGAGCUAGCAAUCUACCAGCUAAUCAGCUUAAUAAAGCGAUUAAAACACUCAUUACGGGUCAAUUGAUUAAGGAGGUUCCUAACAUCAAAUACAAAGGCGGGAAGCAUUAUAUGGGUGCAGAGUUUGAACCGUCAAAGGAACUCACAGGCGGGGAGUGGUAUGCUGAUGGGAAGCUUAACCAAGAUUUGAUAGAAUUUCUGAAAAGUACUUGCAAGAAGAUAGUUGCUAAGCUGAAGGUUGCUACUGCAAAAGGAGUUCACGAGUUUUUUGUCAAGUACAAGGUAUUCAAGGAAGAUGUUAGCGGUCAACAAAUUGCACAAAUUUUGAAUUCAAUGGUUUUGGAUAAUGAAAUUUUGGAGGUGAAAAGCAAUGGCUUGGCAGAAUAUCAUUCUAUUCCUGUUGGAGAAGUUUGUUAUAGAUGUGCUCCUGGGGGAGGGCUUGGAGAGGCUGCGAAAAAUGGUGCUAUGGUUUCAAUCCCAUGUGGUGUUUGUCCCCGUAUCAAUAUCUGCACACCUGACGGGGUCAUCUCCCCUACUACUUGUGUCUACUACACAAAGUGGUUAGAUUUCUGAUAGAUGCAUGUCUCGUAAUUUUAUUAUCAGAUUUACUAAUAUCAAGAGAAGUGCAAAUUACAAUAGAUUUUUGUUGUUGAGA